AUGACGGUGGCCGCCGCACGCUGCCUCAUUCUCACCCCCACCAUCUCCUCCUCCGCCGCCGCGCUCCGGCUCCCCCGGAUCGCCCGCCGCCGCCCGCUCUCCUGCUCGGCCUCGCCGCUCGCCGUGUUCGCCACCAUGGACUCGCCGCCCGAGGGCUACCGCACCAACGUCGGCAUCUGCCUCGCCGACCCCUCCCUCACCAAGAUUUUCUCCGCGUCCAGGAUCGACAUCCCCACCGCGUGGCAGAUGCCUCAGGGUGGAAUAGACCCAGGGGAAGAGCCGCGAGCAGCUGCCGUUAGGGAAUUGAGGGAAGAAACUGGUGUUAGAUCCGCCGAGAUCGUCGCCGAGGCCCCCAAUUGGUUGACAUAUGAUUUCCCCGCGGAUGUCAAAGACAAGCUGAAUGCUAGGUGGGGAACAAACUGGAAGGGCCAGGCUCAGAAGUGGUUUCUAUUUAGGCUUACCGGGGGUGAUGACGAGAUCAACCUGAUGGGCGAUGGAUCUGAGAAGCCAGAGUUCUCUGAAUGGGCAUGGAUGACCCCUCAGCAAGUGAUUGAGAAGGCUGUUGAUUUCAAGAAACCUGUCUACGAGGAGACACUGAAGCACUUCGCCCCAUAUCUACAGUCAGAUCCAUCGUCGUAG